AUGGCCAUACAUUUAAAGAUUGUGAUCAUAUUUUCCGCGUGGUUUUUGAACGAGGAAGUUCGUUCAGCGUCGAGAUAUCGACGCCUUAGUUUGGCGGAACCGUCGCCUAACUACUAUUUUGAUCACGUCCAGGGUUAUCCAGGAACUUACACUUUCGGUUACGACGUGACCGAUCCUGGUACGGGUAAUGUACAAUACCGCAAGGAGGAGCGCUUUCCUAAUGGUACCGUGAUGGGCACUUAUGGAUAUCUCGACCCAUUUGGACGAAUACGUCGCUACAAAUAUGUCGCCAACGAGGAUGGAUAUAGGGUUUAUAACGUACCCCAGACUGCCGAGAUAGUCCAAAUUUUCAACGGUCAGAAAGCCAGUACAGAAUCCUCCGUUACUUGGACCCGGCCAGGAAAAUCUAAAAAGAAGAAAACACAAGAAGAAAAACCGGUCUUUUUGAAUGGGUUCAAAAACGAUAAUAAAUAUUUUAAUCUAAAACCACCCAGUUACUAUGCGAUUGAU